GGGUUGUCCUCCGUCUCCAAUAGUCGAUAGUGAACCUCUAGGGCUACGCGCUGGAUCAGCGUCUGGCGAUCGAAGGUGAUCAAGGGCGACGAGAAUGGAGGGAUCGCCGCUGGCUGCUGCUGCUCCUUCUCGCUCCACCAUCCCCGUGUCCUCUCCCCCUCCUCGUUAUACCCUGACGCCGUCCCGGUACUACAGUGAAGAUGUGCUUUUCUGCGUGGACGUGGACGUGGAGUCCAAGGCCGAGAUGGCGAAGGGGCGCUCCAUCACACGCCUCGACGCCAUCAAGCAGGCCAUCUGCCUCUUCAUCCACGCCAAGCACACCAUGAAUCCCGAUCACCGCUUCGCCCUGUCCAUCCUCACGCAAUCCGUCUCCUGGCAUGAUACUGGAGCAAGGUUAUGUUUUGAGGUCUUCAAGGUUAGGAAGGAUUUUAGCAGUGAGGUUGAUUUGCUGUUGCCAGCAGUUUGGGCACUUACUGCAGCUGAUACAUCAUACGGGUUUGCUGAUAUCACACAACUUUUUCGUAUAGCAACCCAUGAAGCCAAAAAAUCCCGUGCCCAGAGUCGUCUCUUCAGAGUGAUACUCAUUUACUGCAGAUCAUCGGUUUGUCCCCAGCAUCAAUGGCCGGUUAGCCAGAAAUUUUUUACCAUGGAUGUCAUCUACCUCCACGACAAGCCUAGCACAGAGAACUGCCCCCAGAAAGUAUACGAUGCCUUGGUCGACGCCCUUGAACAUGUAAGUGAAUACGAAGGCUUCAUCUUCGAGAGCGGGCAGAGCUAUUCCCGGGUCAUACUGAAGCAAAUGUGCAUGCUUCUGUCUCAUCCACAACAAAGGUGCCUGCAAGAUGAUAUCGACUUCCCCAAGUCUCUAGUAAGGAAGUCACCGGCCCAAGUCGAUACUACUGUGAAUGAAGAGGGCACACACAUCCUCAUCCAGUAGAGACUUGUUCGUUACUAUAAAUGAAGGCACAUUUGUUGAGUUCAUAUAUUCAAUGAAUCUUCUGUAAUGACAAUUGUCGAUUGGAUUUAGUAAAGUUCUUGAUGAAAAAGGUAGUUUGGUUCA